AUGGAGAACAACGACGAGCGUAAUGACAAGAAGCUAAUAAAUCUGAUCCGUGGCUGGCCGUCGCCGCACCUGCUGCCUGCAGAGCUGCUGCGCGCAGCAGCCAACAAGGCCCUAGCCGACCCCGCUGUCUACGUACCCGGGCUCCAAUACGGGCCGGACCCGGGCUACCAGCCGCUACGCGAGGAGCUGGCGGCUUGGCUGGGCUGCGCUUACAAGUCGAGCUACCGCCCGCAGUCGCAGAACCCACUACCAGGCGGCAGCACUGUCGUCGGUGUCGGCGCCGGCGCGGACCAAAUCUGCAUCACUGGCGGCGCAUCGCAGAGCAUCGCCUGCAUUCUGCAGUCGUUCACAGACCCGGCGUACACGCGCGCUGUCUGGGCCGUGGCGCCGUGCUAUUUCCUGGCAUGUCCCAUCUUUGAGGAUGCCGGGUUCCGCGGCCGGCUGCGCGCCGUGCCUGAGGACGACGAGGGCAUCGACCUGGAGUGGCUGGGGCGUGGGAUCAGGCGGUGCGAGGCUGAGAGAGGGUCAGAAGAGAAGGCACGUUUUCCCUACAAGGACCCAGGCCCGCACCGCAAGUUCUACCGCCACGUCAUCUAUGCCGUGCCAACCAGCGCCAACCCGUCAGGCAAGACCAUGUCGCUGCGGCGACGCGAAGGUCUAGUGCGGCUGGCAAGGGAGCACGACGCGCUCGUCAUAUGCGACGACGUAUAUGACUUCCUGCAGUGGCCCGUCCUGGCCGCCAGCCCCAGUCCCUCCUCUGUCCCCCACGCGCUCCCGCUGCCGCUGCCGCUGCUCCCUCGGCUGUCGGACAUCGACCUCGCGCUAGGCGGGCCGACGCGCCACGACCCGGCUCACAAGCACUUCGGGCACGCCAUCAGCAACGGCUCCUUCAGCAAGCUGAUCGGGCCGGGGGUGCGCACGGGGUGGACGCACAGCACGGCCGACUUCGCGCUGGGCGUGUCGCAGACGGGGUCGACGCGUUCGGGAGGCGCGCCCAGCCAGAUCGCCGCCGCCGUGGUCCACCAGCUACUCGCCAGCGGCGACCUUGACGCCCACCUCGACCACGCCGUGCGGCCUGCCUUGCAACAGCGGCACGCGCGGGCCGCCGCCGCAGUGAAGGCGGAGCUCGGCUGGGCGGGCGUCGAGGUGCUGGAGCGUAGUAGUAGUGGCAGCGACGAUGGCGCCAUGUUUGGCGGGUACUUUUUGUGGCUCACGCUGCCCGAGGACGGGCCGCGCGCCGACGAGGUGGUCAUGCGCGCGCAGGCCGAGGAGAACUUGGUCGUCGCGCCGGGGAGUAGCUUCGAGGUGAGUGGCGACGAGGUCGGCCAGGUGCGCUUCCCGCGGAACCUCCGCAUCUGCUACUCAUGGGAAGAGGAGGACGACAUAGUCGAGGGCAUAAGGCGGCUGGGGAUGGUGUUGAGGCGGUUGCGGGACGGGACUGAGCUGCCGGCGUCGGAGCUGGCUGGCAAGUGGAAGCCCGUUGGGACAGCAGGGGGAUUUAAAUAG